UCCGGUUUGUAGGAGCGGAGUGUGCUCGUCUCUCUCCCUGAGCAGGAGGAGGAAGCAGCAGCAAAAUCCAAGCUUUUCACAUUUCCAACAAUGCUUUCGACAGAACCUGCCUUCGACGGGAGCAGAAUGAUUAAAGGAAACGAAAUCUGUUCAUUGGGGUAAGUGUUAUCAGAUCUGAAGGAGGAGGAUUAAUCUGACUCUUCAUUGCUUCGACUAGUUCAUUCUCGUUGCCUUCUUGAAGGUUUGAAGACACCGAUGGAUACGAAUGAGAAUAACAAGUUUGAGCUGGAGAAGAACCAUGGCAAUCACUUGAGCAACCACAGUUCUGGCAUCUCUGAUCACUGGCAAUUCAACACCUCAACCUCCUCCAUGGCUGCCGGCCUUAUGAAUUUGGUGACCUCGUCUCCAUAUCCUUCAGCUUCGGAGAUGGAGCCCUUCACUCCUGGCCUCUGGAACCACCAUGCCGCUAAUUGUGUGCCGAUUGGAGAACCAGUUGCAGUGUCCUCCGGAGGGAUGCUGCCAUCGACUGUUCCUGGAAUUUCUUCCCCAAGACUGCCUCAUUUCCCCGCUGAAACGGCCUUAGUUGAACGGGCAGCAAGGUUUCCAUGUUUCAGUGGUCGUAAUUUUAGUGGCAUGAACCUCCUAUUUCGUCCAUCUGAAUCAAUGGUUCCAUAUACUAAUGCCAUGGAAGAUGUUACUGAGAUCCAGCUUGGGAAGACUGAAAUGAAUACAACUGUACAAAAUGGUGUCUUGCUCCCUGUUGACAAUGCAUCCGUCAACAGAGGUCUGAUCACUAAUCAAAUAGACUGCGAAUCCCGUGAAGCCAAUUUCACCAAAGGUGGUCAGGAAGGGAACACUGAUUCAUCUGAUGCAGCUAGGAAUUCAUCUCCUAAGAAGAGGAGGACCACUCAGAAGGAAGAGGUGAAAAGAGGCCCACAAUCAUCCUCAGAGACCACAAAGGAGACCACUGAAGGUAAACAAAAAGUAGACCAGAACAGCUCCGAGCACAGUGGAAAGAAUGGAAAAUAUAGCUCAGAAGCUGCAAAGGGGGAUUGUGUUCAUGUUAGAGCACGGCGUGGACAAGCAACUAAUAGUCACAGUCUUGCAGAAAGAGUAAGAAGGGAAAAGAUAAGUGAAAGGAUGAAGUAUCUUCAGGAAUUAGUGCCUGGUUGCAGCAAAGUCACAGGGAAAGCAGUUAUGCUGGAUGAGAUCAUAAACUAUGUUCAGUCACUCCAAAGUCAGGUUGAGUUCCUCUCCAUGAAGCUUGCUGCUGUCAAUCCACAACCCGAAUUCAGCACAGAAGGGCUUCUGGCUAAAAACCUUCUACAUUCUCAUGGUGGCUGCUCAUCUGCAACUGGAUUGCCGCAGGAGAUGAUUUAUCCUCAGGUAUCUCUAUAUCCAUCUCAGCAGGGUUUGAUGCAUUCUGCAAUCUCUGCCAUUAUUAACCCUUCAGAGGCACUUAGGAGAGACAUGAAUGCUCAAUUAUCAACAACCAGUGUUUAUAAAGAGUCUUCUCUGCAGAGAGUAGGUAUUUGGAUCAAGGACACCAAAAGGGACAAAUUGAAGGAGAAGGAAAGAGAUACACAAUCCUUGGAACAAAGAGGUCGUCAUGCAAAUGACCUACGGUGCUAUUCCUCCAAAUGCACCAGAGAUGGAUACUAAACCUGAUGGCUUCACCAUCUAAAACAACUACUCUCACCAAGUUCCUGUGCUAACAUCCUAAAAUCUCAUUGUGCCUCCUUGGUUUGCGGCUAGAUCACUCAAAAGCACUCAUCGAUCAGAAGACCGGGAUAAGAGGUAGAUGAACGUACAGAAGAUUCAGCAUUCCUCUUCUACAUGUUACAUGAUGUAGCGGCCGUUAUGCUUUUGGAAGUAAUUAUAGAGAGACAGUGAAUGUUCCUUAACAUUAAGAGUUGGCUUUUCAUUUGUAAUGACAUAUAGGAUAAAAAGCUCAGCUGAUACAUGAAUAGAAAGCUCGGAUGUAAAAUGGGUUUAUUUUUUUUAUCAAAAUGGAACAUCAAUUUUGCAGUCAUGUUGUGCUUCUUCUACUUCUGGCUCACGUGGUUCUGCUGGUUCUGUUUGAUUCAUCAU